CAUGACAAGAAACUAUUUGGUGCACAUCCUUUUCUGUCUUUUCCUCUUCAAUAAUGUUCAUGACGCUGCCAGUACAAGAAAAUUGAUGCUUGGGAGUGAUGUGAUUACUCAUGAAAUGGUAAAUAAACUUCCAGACUACUCAAACUUUAAAAACGAAGUUCACCUUUUAGAGCUCAUGGUUGGAGGUUAUGGGGGAGUAUCGGCUGGCGGUGGUGUCGGGACUAAGGGAGUCUUUGGCUCAAGUUCUGGGUCUGGUGGGACUGGAGGUGGUGGAUUUGGUGCGGGAAUUGGUUAUGGAUCGGAUGGUGGCUUUGGACCUGGAAUUGGGUAUGGCUCAGGUUCAGGCAUUGGUGGUGCGGGUGGCGGAUUCGGAGGUUCAGUUGGCAUUGGAGGUGGUGGUGGAGUAAGUGGGUCAGGUGGUAUUGUGGGCAGCGGUGGCGGUGGAUUAGGCGGUUCAGGUGGCAUUGGCGGUGGAGUAGGUGGGCCAGGUGGUAUCGUGGGCAGUGGUGGCGGCGGACUAGGCAAUUCUGGUGGUAUUGUGGGUGACAGUGGCGGUGGAGUGAGUGGGUCGGGAGGCAUGGGUGGUGGCUACAGUGGUUCGGGAGGCUCGGGUGGUGGUUAUAGUGGUUCGGGAGGCAUGGGUGAUGGAGCUGGUGGUGGUUAUGGAGGCAACACGAACAGCCCUUGAUCGAUGAGUAAAGCGUAUUUGAGCAACGACAACUCUAUAUCGAGCUUAAUUCAUUGCUAAGAUGAUAAACUAACAAGUUUCUUAAUUAAAAAGACAAAUAAAGACAAUUGUUCCGUUUAUGUUUUUAUGAUUAACACAACAGAGAAAAGAACACCACCUUUUUUCUAGCCCUGAAUUUGCUCCACACAAAUUUUCCCUUAAAAGUUCUUUUUUUCCGAGUUUAAAAAGAUGGUAUCUAAUGAUAUCAUAUACACCUCGUAAAGCUUAGCUCGUCGAAUUGAUCUUCUCCAAGACUUGCCAUUUACUAAAUUAACUGUCCAUUUCUUACUCCACCUCAAGAAUUUCAUUCCCUUAAAUAGGGAAAUGGAGAGUAUGGAAUGGUUGAUUGAAACAGAAUUUCAUGGACCAUGUAGUUAGAAUGGGUAUGGAGCGAAUAUGAUAAAUUAUCUUCUCUUUUAAAGAAAACAAUAGUUGCCGAUUCACUGCACACUGGCUUGAGCUUGCGUGGCUCCACCAUCCCUUAAUUUUCAUUUUGUCAUCAGCUUCCUCGCACACCACAAACUAUAGUGCCUUGCAGCUGUAUUUGUAUUAUCUAUUUAACUCCGUUCUUUAUCCACAUCAUUAAGCAAACCGUGCCUUUCUCUUCUGAGUGUCCUUCAGACUCAGCCAUCUCCUAUUUCUUUGCAGACCAAGUGUUUGAUAAGAUUCUCCCUCUACAAUAACCCACUCUUCCAAGCUUUCUAUUUUACCCAUAGCGCCAUGUGUUGUCUGGACGUGUCACGGCAUGAUCAAAACUUAGCGCUAACUCGCCACAUGUGCUCGUUUCAUUGGGUUAGAAGGCAGAAGAUGAGACAAUUUUGAGUGUUUCCUUUUCCAAUUUCCAUGUGUGAACGAGGUGGAUAGUUUUCAAUACCAGAACUUCCCCAACUACUCCAUUAAUUGAUUGCACCCACUAUGCGAUGCCGUUUCCCUAUCCUUUACCACUAAUAGAAUAAUCUCUGUACAGUGUUUUUCCACUUUUACUCGUGCUAUCAUCACUGGCUCCCAUUUUAUCCGACGGCAAAGAAACUCCCUAUAUAUUUCCGAAGAGUUCUUCUCUGGGGUGACGUGUGGUUGAUUCUGAAUUUGAAACCCUUCCUGUUGAUAGAAAUGGGCGGAGGCAAUGGCCAGAAGGCUAAAAUGGCCCGGGAGAGAAACCUGGAAAAACAAAAGUCGUCAAGAGGAAGUCAGCUGGAAACAAACAAGAAAGCCAUGACAAUACAGUGCAAGGUAUGCAUGCAGACAUUUAUAUGUACAACGACAGAGGUGAAGUGCAGAGAGCAUGCUGAAGCAAGGCACCCAAAAUCUGAUGUAUAUGCUUGUUUUCCUCAUCUUAAGAAAUGAUAAUCAAUCAACUUUUACCUUUAUCCUCUCUUCUCUUCUCUCUUUUGCCCAAAUGCUCCUACAGGCUACACGCCUUUCAAUGUAAUAACAUAUGCUUAUGGUAAAAAAAAAUUAAAUAUAUAUACAUACAUAUGUUAAUAAAGCUUCAAAGAUCCCUUCCUUA